AUGAAGAAGGAUUGUCAGGUUGGAAGUGAGCGACGACAGAUCUAUGAGUUUAAGAAGGUUAGAUGUUCAUCGGCCAAAUUCUCGUCGGAGUUUCUGUUUCCGAGCCUUCUAAAUGGCGCACAACUUACCUCGUCUGCAAUUUCGUCCAUAGCCAAAAAUCGUCUGGAAGAAGUUGGAGUCAACGCGACGCAUCAUGCUUUGAGGCGAGGAUCGGCUAAUGCACUGCAAGCUGAGGGUUUGUCGCUCGAUGAAAUCAUGGAGAGAGGACGAUGGAGAUCAAAAGAGGGUCUUCUCCGCUAUCUGCAGGAUAACCCAUCGGUUCAAGGCUUCAAGGUGGAGGAGUCGGCUGAAGACGAGGAAGCAGAAGUGUUGGCAGAAGGCGUGGAGGCGGAAGAGUUGGCAGAAGAUGUGGAUUCAGAAGACGAAGGCCCGAUAAUAUGGAAUUUUGAAAGAAGGAAUGGGAGAAGGGACAAGUCCUCGAUUCAAGACUUCCAGUCGCUUGAAAUCAUAUGUUCAACUUGUCAUACUUCUUCCGGUCGUUACAGUACUAACCAAUUAGAAAUUCUUCUAGUUGAAACGACUUACCUAAUUUCGGAUACUUGCCGAUUUUUGGAAGAUACAUAUUUUUCAAGUUUUCAGUUCAAAAACAGCCAAAAGUGUCAAAAAGUUAACCUAGCACAAAAAUUAAGAAAGAAGUUUCAUUUUUCCAGUAACAAACUUUUUCGUAUUAAACGUGGAAACCCCCGAUUCGCCGUAAUCACGCUGCAUGCUUAUAAGUGA